GUAUUGGACUAUUGGACAUCCAAAAAGCCCACAAAGAGCUCUGCUAUUUCGAUUCAGUUCAAUUUCCAAUCAGAGAAAACCUCGGAAGAGCCCUAAACGUCGGCGACGAACAUCGAUGGCUCUUCUGCUCCGUACUCUUCAAAAAUCACGCAUUUCUCCUUCUCAUUCCUCAAGAACCCUAAUUUCUUGGGUUCGAUGCAAAUCUCUCUUGCCAAAUCACCAAUCACGAGACGUCACCACAUCGCCAGCUAAAUCACCCUUCCGGUCCAACAUUCUUCGAAUCAUAAGAAACGAGAUCGAGUAUCAAUCCGAUUAUGCUCCUCCGCAUCAGCCAGCGACUGAAUUCAAAUCGUUCUCUGUGGAGGAUUGUCCCGGUGAGCAAUGCAUUGUGAUGAAAGGGAAGUUUGGAGAAGAUGAGGAUAUCAAAAUGGAAGCAACUAUGUUUGAUGGGUUUAUGAAUGUUCCAAGAGCCGGUUUAGAUGCUUCAGGGCACGAUGUCCGUCUUCAUAUUAGCUUGCUUGUUGACAUUUCCAAGGUUGAUGGAAGUGAAGAGAUCGAGUUCCUUUGCUCCGUCUGGCCUAACCGUAUUGAAAUUCGAAAGCUUUACAAGCUUAGACGCAACAAAAUCACUGGUCAGCCUUACAUGGGACCUAAUUUUGGGAAUUUGAAGUAUGAUUUUCAGACAGCGAUUCGGGAGUUUUUACGAGUAAGAGGAAUCGACGCAGAGCUUUGUUUUUUCUUGCAUGAAUAUAUGAUGAAUAAGGAUAGGAUUGAGCUCAUUCAAUGGUUGAGAAAGCUAAAUUCAUUCAUCUCACAAUAAACACGAAAUAUUUCGAUGUUUACACAUCUUCUAAUUAAACUGUUUUAUCAGUUAAAAGUAGUAAUAUUGGCUUAUUGACAAAAAAAAAAAGUAGUAAUAUUGGCUUUAGUUACUUUUAUCUGAAACAAAAUGUACAAUUGGGCCUUAGAUGAGUAAUAAACAAUAGAACUUGGGCCCAACCCUCCACCGGGAUGUUUAAUAAC